UAAGAGUGUAAGCUGAAUCAGCCCCAAGUAGGACAGGGGAGUCAUGUCCUGCGCUCCUGAUGAUGUCCUGGUCUCUGAGUUGGUGAGGGAUAACUGUGUGCUACAGGGCUGUCGCUUUAAAACAAACCAUCAGAGGGUGAAGAAGGGGGGUGAGAGACAGAGAGUUGGUACGUUCUAUGUGGGAAUGUUUGUGUUGGGUCAACCAUGAGCCAUUCCUGUGGGAAUUAAAGCUUGCUGCUGGACAGAGAGAGACAGAGACAGAGACAGAGAGGCUGUAAGAACCAUUUCACAGUAGAAGUUUCUUCGUUCUCCCGUGGGGCACUUAGAGAAGAAACGGAGUGAUGAAGGACAUUAAAGGAGCAGAAAGCGGUGCCUGAGGACUCUACCUGCUCGCACACCUGCACUGAAGAGGGAUUACCUGUCCUCCACACCUGUGUGUGUUUUUGCAGCUAUGGAGGCUGUACUUUUAAGUCUAGAGGAGAGUGUGUGCGGGGGGCAGAGUGUGUUCUGGGAUCUGACUUCAACCGCUCUCAGGAGACUAAGACACACACCCCUUCUGUAUAGUACUGUCUACCAGAUGACGGAGGGCCGGAGAUGUCAGGUCCAUCUCCUUGAUGACAGGAAAUUGGAGCUCCUCGUGCAGCCCAAGCUGAUGGCUAAGGACCUGCUGGAUUUAGUAGCAUCUCACUUCAACCUGAAAGAAAAAGAGUAUUUUGGAAUCUCCUACACAGAUGACACGGGUCACUUCAGCUGGCUGCAGUUAGACAGGCGUGUGCUGGAGCACGAGUUUCCUAAGAAAUCUGGCCCCAUCGUCCUCUACUUCUGUGUGAGGUUUUAUAUAGAGAGUAUCUCUUACCUGAAGGACAAUGCCACCAUUGAGCUGUUCUUCCUCAAUGCAAAGUCCUGCAUUUAUAAGGAGCUCAUAGAUGUGGACAGUGAAGUCGUGUUUGAGCUGGCCUCCUACAUAUUGCAGGAGGCCAAAGGAGACUUUACAAGUAAUGAUGCCACACGGGCAGACCUGAAAAAACUGCCCGCUUUGCCCACACAGGCUCUCAAAGAGCACCCGUCCCUCGCUUACUGCGAGGACCGAGUGAUUGAGCACUAUAAAAAGUUGAGCGGCCAGUCCAGGGGCCAGGCUAUCGUCAAUUAUAUGAGCAUAGUGGAGUCACUGCCUACAUAUGGAGUGCAUUACUAUGCGGUUAAGGACAAGCAGGGGAUUCCGUGGUGGUUAGGGUUGAGUUAUAAAGGCAUCUUUCAGUACGACUACCAAGACAAAGUGAAACCCAGAAAGGUGUUUCAAUGGAGGCAGCUGGAGAAUCUGUACUUCAGAGAGAAGAAGUUCUCAGUGGAGGUUCACGAUCCUAGAAGCAGGGCGUCGGUAACGCGAAGGACGUUCGGACACAGCGGCAUUGCCGUACACACCUGGUACGCCUGCCCCGCCCUUAUCAAAUCCAUCUGGGCCAUGGCCAUCAGCCAGCACCAGUUCUACCUGGACCGCAAACAGAGCAAGUCAAAGAUCCAUGCAGCACGAAGUCUGAAUGAAAUUGCCAUUGACCUCACGGAGACGGGCACGCUGAAGACUUCGAAACUCGCCAACAUGGGCAGCAAGGGCAAGAUCAUAAGCGGCAGCAGUGGAAGCCUUUUGUCCUCAGGCUCCCAGGAGUCAGACAGCUCUCAGACAGCUAAGAAGGAUAUGUUGGCAGCUCUACGUGCUCGGCAGGAGGCUCUGGAAGAAACACUCAGGCAGAGGAUAGAGGAGCUCAAGAGCAUCUGCAUUAGAGAAGCGGAGCUGACCGGCAAGCUUCCUAAAGAAUAUCCUUUAGACCCCGGAGAGGAGCCGCCUACAGUACGGCGCAAAAUCGGCACGGCCUUCAAACUGGAUGAACAGAAGAUCCUCCCCAAAGGAGAGGAGGAGGAGCUGGAGCGUUUGGAGAGGGAGUUUGCUAUCCAGUCUCAGAUCACGGAGGCAGCACGGCGUUUGGCCAGCGAUCCUCACGUGAGCAGUAAAAAGCUGAAGAAGCAGAGAAAGACAUCGUACUUGAACGCAAUGAAGAAGCUGCAGGACAUCGAAAACGGCAUCAACGAGUACCGUAUCCGCUCGGGCAAAAAACCCACACAAAGAGCCUCGCUCAUCAUAGAGGAAGCGAAUAUCGGCUCAGAGGACAGCUCUCUUUCUGAUGCUCUGGUGCUAGAUGAUGAUGACCCCCAGGUAGCAGGGACACCCACUUUUUCUCCAGUUUCCUCGCCUCAUAAAGGCCUUCCUCCCCGACCUCCAUCACACAGCAGGCCUCCUCCUCCUCAGUCUCUGGAGGGUCUCAGGCACCUGCACUACCAGCGCAGCGACUACGACAAAUCACCCAUUAAACCCCGCAUGUGGAGCGAGAGCUCACUGGACGAGCCCUAUGAGAGAGUGAAGAAACGCUCCUCCCACUCCAGCAGUCACAGGCGCUUCCCGAGCACAGGAAGCUGUGAGACUGGAGGAAGUAACUCUUUGCAGAACAGCCCAGUGCGCACGCUGCCUCAUUGGAACAGCCAAUCCAGCAUGCCCUCUACUCCUGACCUGAGGACCAGGAGCUACGUCCAUUCAGCCAGCCUGUCUCAGCCUUUCCGUGGGCGGAGCUCUAGCCUGGAGUCUCAGGGGAAGUUGCUGAGUCUAGAGGCGGGACCAGAGGCGGAGCUUAGCCCAGACCUUUUCCUGUCAGGGCCACAGCGGACAGGAAGCAGCGGCUCGGUAGUGCCAGAUGACUGCUCGUCAUGCACCAGCCACUCGAGUUCCGAGCACUGCUGCCCACCGGCAGGUGCCAACCCGAACUAUCGCACCCUCGCCGAGGACUCUCCUUCUAGAGCACGUCAGCGUCAGCGCCAGCGCCACAAAUCCGCCGGUCACCUGGGCACCUCGAGCUCAGGCAGCAUGCCCAACCUGGCUGCGCGUAACGGCGGGACACCCGGAACAGCCCACCAAGGCGUCUACCUAAACAGCCAGAGCCAGCCGUCUUCACAGUACCGCAUUAAGGAGUAUCCGCUGUACCCAGCAGGCAGCAGCCCGGGUGCUGUGGUGGUCCGCAGCCUGGAGAGCGACCAGGAAGGCCACUACAGCGUCAAAGCACAGUUUAAGACGUCUAACUCGUACACAGCCGGGGGCCUCUACAAGGAGGGCUGGGGGUCAGCAGGGGAGGAUGGCGAGGGCGGCAGUGCCAGUGGCAGUGCCAGGCUUACACCUUCCAGGUCUCAGAUAGUGAGGACUCCAUCUGUAGGGAGGGAGGGAUCUGGGAACAGAGCAGCUGUGUCUGAGGAGCUAAGAUGCUGGUACCAGCGUUCAUCUGGAUCGAUCAAGGAGCACGCACGUCUUACGCACACCAGUUCGAACACAGGGAGAGUCGGCACACUCGCGAAGGGCUCACCAGCCGCAUCCCCACUCAGCCAGAGAAGUGGAACUCCAUGUAGUGAGUCAGCAGCAACGCCGCCCUGCAGCCCCCAGCACAUCCUCAACUGGCAGAGCGGUGAUACAGCUGAAAGCUCUCCUACUGAGGACCGCUCUCCCUCUCACCAAAGCACUGAGCAGUAGAGAGAUCAUUCAGCGACAGCUGUUUCCUGAGCAGUCCCCUGUGCUCCGAGCUUGCCGAUGUGCAGUGGUAUGGACACGAGAAGGCCAAGCCAGGAACCCUCGUCUAGACCAGUCCCUCCAUCCCUCCCCUGCUUCAUCUCUUUCUUCCUGGAACAGUGUUCUCUGGGUGGAUCUGUCCACAGGCUGGACCUCAACACAUAUAAUAGACAUACCUACGGCUGGAGCCAACACCUCUUCACCUUCUCUCUCUCUCUCUGUCUCUCUCUGUGCAUAUCCAACAGUACAGUGGCUCUGGAUUUUGGGAUCACUGAGGUUGCACCAAACUGUACUAAACCAAACCUAAGUUGACCUUGCUGACCCUCCCACUGCGUAUCAUAUGAACUCUGAACUGUGACCCAGUUAGCUGCCAGCCAGUUGCUCCGUAUGCACAAAAACCCUUCAUCCAAUCCCAUCGCUGGAUUGAUACACCAGGGGUGUGGCCUCUUCUUUUUUUUUUUUUUUUUUUUUGGAGGUGUUUGUGUGUGUGUGUAUUUGUGUGUAUGUAUGUGUGUGUGUACAUUCUAGUGAACUGCCUCCAAGUAUGCAUACUCAAACACACAUCGGUGUGUAAUUCUGCAUAGAAAAUAAGGAGCACUCACACACACCUACAGGACGUUGCUGUUGGCCAUUUUGUUCGUAACCUUCAUCUGCUCUGUUCUGUUGAAGUAGCUGCGAUGAAUCACACACCCCAGUCCACUGAGUGAACCAUAAAAAAAAUGUCCCAUUUUAUAACGUUCUGUAGAAAAUAUGUGCAUAAAUGAGACCACAAGACCGCAAGAUGACAGAAACACCCAUUUAGAUGCGAAUCAUUCAAGAAUUAUUAUAGGCAUUGUUGUGAUUUCUAAUUAUGAAGACUGUUAGGAAUCAGAAGGUUCCUUCCCAAAAGUUUCUCAGAAAUGCUUUCGUAAAAAAGGCUAACCGCACUGCAAUGACAACUGAAAACCACAUUAAUUAUUCCCGAAAACCUUGAAAAUCCCUCUCCAGAAUAUAUGGAUACAGUAAAUAAUGCAUAAACAAAAGGCAGCUCUGAAAUGUAUGAUUUCAGAAGUGGUGAGUGAAUGUCUCCUUAAAUUCAAUAUCUAAAUCUAAUUGAUAAAAAAUUUUUAUGGCCCUCCUGCAUUAAACAGUCAAUAAAAAGAGACACCAUUUCAGACUCCACUCAACCAGUAGCAUAUUAUGAGCAAAAUAUGAAUGUUAAACCAUGAAGGUUAUGAAUGUUAAACCAGCCAGUUUUAUCUCUCUGCCUACCUAACAGUAGUGAUCAUACUGUUAAAGUACUAAACAAGUUGAUAAACAAUAACAAUGCUUAUUUACUUAAAAUGUAACUUAAAUUGAAUAAAGUGGUUCAGUUUAAACUUCGACCAUCAAGAACGUAACCUCACAUGAACUAGGAAUGGAAUCGGGUACAAAUCCUCAUAAUGACUUCUAAAGAAAUACAGACACAAAUAUGAGGAAAUCUACUGCUUGUUUGGUUUCGUGCCGUCUGGUUUAGAUUAAAGAUGCGUGUCAGGACAACAUCUAAGUGAAAGGUUUUUACUUCACAUAUAGGUCAGGGUAGCUUAGGCUGUAUAAUUUGGUAUAUAAUUUGGUAUUAAAUUCAUAAGCCAAAAUUUUAAUUAUUACAAAAAUAAUAAUAAUUGCAUGAGGAGGAUUUAAAAACAGGCCCAUGAACAGAUCUAUUCGAGAUCCAAGUGAUCUCAGGUUGAGGACAUUUUAGAAAAGAUCUUUUUAAGACUAGACUCUGGGUUUAGAGUGUCCAGGACAUGUCAUGCACCACAUGUGGGUUGCAUUGUGUUACAUCAGUAUAAUGAUUUGUCUUCACACCCAUUAAUAAGCUUUACAAUAUAAAGCUUAUACUGUAAAGAAACAUUAUUAGUGCUUUAGAAUAAUUUCUACUGAUCUUGAUCCUAAAAGUCUGUGGAAUGUCCAGGUGUUCCCACGAUUCCUCACUGAAGCAGAAACGUUUGUGUUCGUUGUCAUUGCAGGGCUGGAUGUAGACUCACUAAAUGUCAUCAUUAGCAGGCAUUUGUGUAAACAUUUUGAGGCUUGUGGUCUCCAUCUGUUGGUCUUUUUUUCAUUUAUCCUCACUUUAUUUCAAGAUCUAUCAGUCGUCAUACAAUAGCUGCAAAGUUUCCCCAAAAGUCACGUGGUGCCAUAUUUGUUCUGCUGUCUUUUAUGGGAAACUCGUCUCCGAACGCUUGUUAGAUGUGAGCUGUGUGUGUGUUAGUGUAACAUUUUGAUGAAGUACUGUAUGUGCCGCUCACUCACUCACUCACUCGGGCAGCUCCACCAGCCUGCUAGCCACCAUGGUGCUCUGAGCCUCUACUGUACUGUACACUGAUGAAUUACAAAUGUCCAUAAUCUAACCUGGCUUUGAGCCCUCAAGUCACUUUCGUACCUGACAUCUUCAACAUUGUUUUUUUUUUAUUGUUUUUGUUUUUUUUAUCUGCUUACUGACAGUUUUACUGUUCUGCAUGCAGUUAGCACCAGACUGUUUGUACUCACUUAGGGACUGGACGAAACUAUAAAGAGCACAACGUAAAAGGGGCACGUCAUACAGAACAGACACUGACCAACAAACUUCUCUCUAAUGAUCUUACCUCUGUGCCAUUUCAAGCGACAGUCUAAGCAUUCCAGUAUACGAGCAGAACAAACACAUCCGGACCUCGGUUUCUGAACGCGGACAAACCUCCAUACUCAUUGUAGGCUUUUAGACCGGAGAGAGGGAAAAAAAACACAGGGUGUUUGUGUUUCUCUACACAGCAAAACGAUUUAAACAUGAAACUAUGGUGCUCUUCUACUCAAUCUGUCUAUCAUGUGACGGCGAACCACAGCAAGCCAUAACAACCGCAUUUCUAUACACACCCCACAUGGUACAACACACACUUGGAAAUGGACUCUCUGCAGCAAAGGACUUAGAGAUAUCUAAAAGCACACUUUUUUUUUUCUUUGUAUACAUAUUUCCAUUAUUAUAGUGUGUGUGUGCAUUAUGUGCCAUCAGACCCUUCAUGACGGAGUUCAAUCCUGACACCCUGCAAUGUGAAAUCGAUUGCUGUUUGUGUGGUUUUUCACAGAUUCAAGACUAAUGUUUUUAGCCAGAACAAUGUAAUGCUGCCUCUUUUUUAGGCCUGGAUGGUGUGUCAUAAGUGCAAAGCAUGUUAACAAACCAGAGAACAAAAUAUAAGUAUUAAAAAAGGGAACAAAACUAACAUUUUAACAAAUAAUCAGAAGAAAAAAAAACUGCAAAAAUCACAUCAAUAUUAAAUUGUAAUAGGGAGGUCCUUAUUGAACAUGAUAUGCUGGUAUCUGGACUUAAUCUGUGACUAUAAAAAUAAGAUGGAAUAAAAGCAAGGGCAGAUUCAAUUCCAGUCAGCAACAAGCAUGUAAUGUUCUCUGAGGACCUCACUUCCUGUUUUGAGAUGAUGUUGAGGUGGUUUUCAUUUGUUUUUUUGUUUUUUCAUCUUUUUUUUUUUUUUUUUUGCAUUUUUGGUUUGUUAACAUGUGCUGUACUUCCAGGUCACCGUAGGCCUGAGUUUGAACUUCAAGAACAGUUCAGAGGCAAGUUCAGUUCUUUGGUGUUAAAAUUAAUCCUAGAAACAUCCGGAGUCAAAGAUCUCCGUAACCCUCUCACAUGAUGGCGUCUCAUCCCACUGUGCUGUGAUUCAGGCCUUGUCCUUAUCUCUCCACUGAGAAAUGAGAAAAACGUAUAUUCUCUCCUCAUGCCCUCCUUCCUACCUGUAUUUAAUAACAAGCCUAAAACCUUUUAUAACAAAAAAAAUAAACUAACACAUUUAUCAACAUAUAUGGAAAAGACUAUGGAAACCUGUCUGGGUUAUUUUUCACAAAGAAAAAAAUACUGAAUUGUUCAGAUGUUUUCUUUUUUUUUUUUUUUUUUUUAAAUCAAACAGUAUUUUUAUUUUUUAUUUUUCACUAUGUCAGGACAAAGUAACCCUUUCAGGUGCUACAGGAUGACCAGUUACUGCGUUGUUUUCUAGCUGUAGACUUUUCCUAACCGUUGUCAAUAGUUUUAAUACGAGUUGUGCAAAAUGAAGGAUGUUAGUUACUAAACCGUGUCGCUCACACCCUCAUUCCUGACAAUAGAGCAUGUGUUCAUCACUUUAUGGAGUUCGAAUCAAAAAUAACCGCAGACAUAACGGUGUUGUAGAAAAAAAAAAACACAACAACAAAUGUGGAGUUGUUGAGGAGAAUAACAAUGAAUUCCACAGUUAAUUUAUUCUUUUUCUAUUAAGAAUUUGUAUAGUAACUUUAAAUUUUUUCAAAAACCGUGUUGGCAACUGAAUCUGAAUUUUCCAGAUAAGAAAUGUGGUGGUUCUUGAGAUUAUGAAAAUAAAUUAUUGCUGAAUGUUCUCUAAA